UCGACAGUGCGCAGCAUAAACGUCAAAGAGAGAGCUGAAAAACACGAAUACAUGAAUUUGUGAUUAUCAUUUUCGUUCCGCCGUAUAUCGUAUAGUUUUUACAGCAGCAGUGCAUCUCGGCUUAAGAGAACGUUCAAUUGUAAUCUAAAGCAAUUUACGAUGACAGAUCCGGCUGAAAACGUAGUGUUCGGCCAGCCACGGCGAUUGUCAGAAGAAAGCGAUAGUAGUGAUGAAAAUCCGGCUGGUACAGAUCGUAAUGCACCAUCUACCGACAGGGACAUCCCGGGUCAAUCGAAUCCGGGAAAGCGCGCCGCUAGCGAUGAUAGUGACGAUUCGCAUUCCAAUGAGAAAAAACAUAAAAGUAAUCACACGGCCGUAGUGGCAACGCACUACAAUCAAAUUGAAGAACGUGGCCUGCAAGAGCGGACUAAAUCAAGAAUUUUUUACAUGAGAAAUUUUAACAAUUGGAUCAAGAGCAUACUUAUCAACAAGUAUCUGGAUAUUGUGAAGGAGAAGACAACCCGAGGCAAUCCUCUGAGGGUUAUGGAUAUGUGCUGCGGAAAGGGAGGAGAUUUGCUCAAAUGGUCGAAGGGUAACAUCACCCAUCUCAUUUGUACGGACAUUGCGGAGGUCAGUGUGGAGCAAUGUGAGGCACGCUACAAGAAAAUGCGUCCGACGAAUGAGGGAGGAAAAUUUUUUACGGCAGAAUUUUUCACUGCGGAUGCCACCUUGCAGCGAUUAAGGGAAAAAUACAAAGAUGUUUCGAUAGACUUGAACUUGGUGAGCUGUCAGUUUGCAUUUCACUACUGCUUCGAAUCGUUGAAGCAAGCAGAAUUCAUGCUGAAGAAUGCUGCGGAAUGUCUGAAGGAGGGGGGAUACUUUAUCGGAACGAUUCCGGACGCCAACGAGAUCAUGAAACGGCAACGGGCUGCCGGCAGCGAUUCAUUCGGCAACGAAGUCUAUCGCAUUUCGUUCCUAUGUGAUACGGAGAAACCGCCCCUAUUCGGGGCAAAAUACAACUUUCAAUUAGAUGGCGUGGUUGACUGUCCGGAGUUUUUGGUUCACUUUCCGACACUGAUUAAACUGGCGCAAAAGUUUGGUCUUCGGUUAAUCGAAAAAAAGCGCUUCGAUGAGCUGUACGAGGAAUCGAUUUCUAACUGGAGAGGACUGAUAGAGAAGAUGCAGGCGUUGGAAACGUUUCCCGGGCAGUCCAGGAGCGACUGCGAACGGCAGCAAAACAAGGAAGAGUACCGUCACGCCGAGCAUUUUCUCGAUCAGAAGAAGGAUGGUCGGAGGGGCAAGGUUGGAACGCUGUCCAAGUCGGAGUGGGAGGCGGGAACCUUGUAUAUGUUUUUUGCGUUUCAAAAGAUGAAGACUAGCUGGGAUAAAAAUGGUAAACCGGUAUAUUCCUAGGGUUAGAAAAGACACAACCAAACGAAAUUUUUAACAACGCGAGAACGGGCUGAUGUUUUCAUUUUUGGACGAAGUUCUCAAUUUUCAGAUUGUGCAUUCACAAAUAUGUUUUCGUUUGUUUUUGUCUAUUAAGCAUGUAUUUUUUCUCUAUCUUAGCGAUAGAUUUUGUUACAAAUGAAAAGAUAACUUUUAAAUUUAAACUGACAGAAAAAUAUAUGCAUUCAAUACUUUC